AUGGCCCCUGUCCAGACCGAGUCCUCGGUACCACCACCCGCAGUUGCUGGCUCUACCGCCGCACAACAGGAAGCAGCGUUCGCCGACGAUCCCCAUGUGCACUUCGACCGUGCAUCUGGCACAUGGCGCUUUGAGAAUGACGAUGGAAGUGAGCUUGAGUACGACGCAGCGAAAGGAGCAUGGGUCCCUCUGGUGAGUGCUACGAUACAAUGCAUGCACACGUACAGGCUGGAACCGUCUCCUAUCGGUAAGGUGGAUGAGGACCUGAUGAAAGCUCAGCAAGCCGCAUAUUCGAUUGCUGGUGUUGACGAGGAGACCCCCGCCGCUCCUGUGCUCAAACGGGCUAACAAAAAGCGCAAAGAGCCGGAAGACUACACCUCUAAUAACGCGGGGUCAAGUACAGGUCCAGUCCUGAAACGGGGCAAAAAGGGAGCCGGCGCAGAUGGGCAGCCCGAGCGCAAGUCUAAGAACACAGCUGUCUAUGUGACAGGUCUGCCAUCAGACACAGAUCAUGACGAAUUGGUAUCGCGGUUCUCUAAAUUUGGCCUCAUUGAGGAGGACGAUGAGGGUGCGCCAAAAAUCAAGCUUUACGCGCGGGACGAUGGCACGUUUAGCGGAGAUGCACUCGUCGUGUACUUCAAGGAGGAGUCUGUCGACCUCGCUGUGACUUUGCUGGAUGACGACGAGCUCAGGGUUGGGGACCCGAACACCCGAAUGCGGGUUCGACGUGCGGAGUUCCAGCAUAAGCAUGAAGGCGAGGGAAAGUCGGGAGAGAUGAAGCCCCGGAAAACUAUGGUUGACAAGAAGAAGGCUACGAGGCGGAUAGGCGUAACCAGGAAACUUGGCGAGUGGGAUGAUGAGGACGGUUUUGGGCCUUCCAUCACAGAAGAGGACAAGGCACCUGUGGCAAAUAAAAACAGUCGUGUUGUAGUCCUCAAGCAUAUGUUCACAUUGCAAGAACUUGAUGAGGACGCAUCGUUAUUGCUAGACUUAAAAGAGGAUGUCCGAGAUGAAUGUUCGUCCCUUGGGGAAGUGACCAACGUGGUGCUCUAUGAUAAGGAGUAUGAGGGUGUCAUGACAGUAAAAUUCCGAGAUCCUCUGAGUGCUCAAGCCUGCGUAAUAAAAAUGGACGGCAGAUUUUUUGCAGGUAGACGAAUUGAAGCAUCGUUAUAUGCAGGCAAGCAACGGUUCAAACGCAGUGCGGAUGAUUCUCUUGAGGAGGGUGGAGACGAAGGCGAGAAGCAGCGACUGGAUGACUUUGCAAAGUGGCUUAUGACUGAGGGCGACUGA